AUGAGCUUUCUUUUUCAAGAAUGGACACAACAGAUGAAAGACACGUUGGAUGCAAGGAAGCGUGGUGACUUGGCAUUCCGUGAUAAGGAUUUUAGAACUGCUAUAUAUUGUUAUUCUCAGUUCAUAGAUGUGGGAACGAUGAUUUCCCCAACUGUAUAUGGAAGACGAAGUCUAUGUUAUCUUAUGUGCGAGCAACCUGAUACAGCUCUCCAAGAUGCCAUGCAAGCCCAGUGUGUCCUCCCCGAUUGGUCGACUGCUUUUUACAUGCAGGCGGUUGCCCUUGCGAAGCUGGACAUGCACAAAGAUGCAGCUGAUAUGCUUAACGAAGCUGCUGCCCUAGAAGAUAAGAAGCACAAAGGAGGAGGAACUGGCAGAUGGCAUUUUUUCUAUUUUAUUUGAUUCCUCUUCUUGUUAAUGUUAUUGUUGUUGUUGGCUUUGACAGAACAAUUGUUGUGUUUAUAUAUAUAUAUAUGCAAAUGUAUUGUUUUAGGGUGACAUGUAAUUCUUACAGAAAAAUCAUAGAAAGGGGAAUUAGGAAACAUAAAGUUCAUCUUUUCCAUCAAUAAAGAGGCU